AUGAGUCUCAAUGACAAGGAUAAGGCUACGGUCAAGAGUUUCUGGGCUAAGGCCGCGGGCAAGGUUGAUGACCUUGGUGCUGAUGCCCUGACCAGGAUGUUUACAGUCUACCCCCAGACAAAGACCUACUUUGCUCAUUGGAAGGAUGUAGGCCCAAACUCCCCUCAGGUGUUAAAGCACGGGAAGGUUGUGAUGGCAGGAGUGGCUGAAGCCGUGGACAAAAUGGACGAUCUAACCGGAGGUCUGCUGACCCUGAGUGAGCUGCACGCCUUCACUCUACGUGUGGACCCCAGCAACUUCAAGAUCCUGGCCCACUGCAUCAUGGUUGUCUUCGCUCUCAGCUUCCCUAAUGACUUCACCCCCGAGGUCCAUGUGUCGAUGGACAAGUUCAUCCAGGCUGUGGCCAGGGCCCUGUCUGAGAAAGUUUCUGACAGUCCGUCGUCUUUGACAGCAAAGCAGAGAAGUCCAUAUGCUCUGAACACAUCUGGAGAAGGACCAGAGGACCAGGAUGGAGAUUCCAGAUUCUCUGACAUCAUUCUCGCUACUAUCCUGGCCACCAAAUCUGACAUGUGUGGAAAGAAGUUUGAGCUGAAAAUCGACAAUGUCCACUUUGUGGGCCACCCCACUCUCCUUCAGCACCCUUCCAUCGUCCAGGGCUCUAAAGCUGAUCCUUCUCCUAAACGAGAAAUGCCAACAAUGAUCCUGUUUAAUGUGGUGUUUGCUCUAAGGGCCAACGCUGACCCCACAGUCAUCAGCUGUAUGCAUAACUUGUCCCGACGACUCGCCAUCGCCCUGCAGCACGAGGAGCGCCGCUGCCAGUACCUGACCAGAGAGGCCAAACUGAUGCUGUCUGUUCAGGACGAAAUCACCACCAUGACUGAGACAGAUGGCAGCCCCCAGUCUCCUUUCAGACAAAUACUUCCCAAGUGUAAACUGGCAAGAGACCUGACGGAGGCGUAUGACAGCCUGUGUACAACUGGAGUGGUGCGUCUCCAUAUCAACAAUUGGCUGGAAGUGAGCUUCUGCUUACCCCAUAAAAUUCAUCGAAUAGGAGGUUAUUACAUCCCACCAGAGGCCUUAGAAAGCAGUCUAAAAGCCAUAAGGCCAUAUCACACUCUAUUGCUGCUGGAGAGUGAGAAAGUGCUGCUGACUCAGCUCCCUCUGGACUGUUCUCCAGCGAUGGUCCGUCUCAUCAAAACCUGCUCCGCCAUGAAAAACCUGCAGCAACUGGCCCAGGACGCAGACCUGGCUCUGCUCCAGAUUUUUCAGAUUGCUGCUCACUUGGUUUACUGGGGAAAAGCAAUUAUCAUUUAUCCACUAUGUGAGAAUAAUGUCUACAUGCUAUCUCCUCAUGCCAACAUCUGUCUGUACUCUCCAUUGGCGGAGCAGUUUGCGCAGCAGUUUCCUGGCCACGAUUUGCCUUCAGUGUUGGCUAAAUUCUCACUGCCGAUGUCACUGACUGAGUUCAGAAACCCAUUAGAUGCUCCAGCACAAGAGGUCCAACUGAUACAGAUGGUUGUGUGGAUGCUCCAGCGUCGCCUGCUGAUCCAGCUGCACACAUACGUCUGCCUGCUGGUUCCUCCCUGUGAAGACGAGCCCAGCCUUAAAGAGGAAGACCCCCUUUUACCAAUGCGAGUCGGGGGCCGCAGCCUAAGCACACCCAGCGCCCUCAGCUUUGGAUCACCCACGAGCAGUGACGACAUGACGCUGACCAGCCCCAGUAUGGAGAACUCCAGUGCAGAGCUGCUGACUGAAGGAGACUCCCCUAUCAACAAACGCAUGACAGAAACUCUGCUGUCCAGUUUAUCUGAGCACGAGAGGCAAGUCAUCCUCAACAUCCCUGCAGCUCAGAAUCCAGAGGAUCUACGAAUGUUUGCCAGGCUGCUGCACUACUUCAGGGGACAUCACCACCUGGAGGAGAUCAUGUACAAUGAAAACAUGAGGCGCUCGCAGCUCAAGACGCUGUUCGACAAGUUCCGAAGUGUCCUUGUGGUCACCAACCAUGAAGACCCCAUUAUUUCAAUCUUUCAGUCGCCCAUGGAGAAAUGA